CCCAAAAAAGUGUGAGAGAUUCAGGCUGGACAAGACAUGGGUUUCCGCUAUUUGGUGUGGUUCUUGUUGCUGUGCAUUCUCGUGGAAGGUUUUGCAAAGGGGGUCGUAGCUGCAGGCCUGGCUUGCAACUGGGGAACACGUUCAACGCAUCCACUCCCACCUAACAUAGUGGUCAAGCUCCUAAAAGACAACGGAUUCAGUAAAGUGAAGCUCUUUGAAGCGGAUCCUGGGGCACUAAAAGCUCUUGGGAAAUCUGGUAUCCAGGUUAUGCUUGGGAUACCCAACGAGUUCUUAGCACCGCUUGCAAGCAGCGUCGGAGUUGCCGAGACCUGGGUGACCCAAAAUGUCUCGUCCUACAUAUCAAAAUAUGGGGCCGAUAUAAGAUAUGUAGCCGUGGGUAAUGAACCUUUUCUCAAGACUUACAAAGACAGUUUCACGCAAACCGCAUUGCCGGCGCUCAAAAAUAUUCAAGCAGCUCUUAUAAAAGCUGGCUUAGGCCGACAAGUGAAAGUAACCAUCCCACUAAACGCGGAUGUGUACCAGACCGACAACAGUCUUCCCUCUGGAGGUAACUUCCGGUCCGAUAUCCAUGAUCUCAUGAUCUCCAUCAUCAAGUUCCUCAGUGACAAUGGUGGUCCGCUCACCAUCAACAUCUAUCCAUUCCUCAGCCUCUACGCGGACCCCCAUUUCCCCUUAGACUAUGCCUUCUUCAAUGGCAGUGCUGCCCCAAUUGUGGAUGGCUCCAUCUCUUACACCAAUGUCUUGGACGCAAACUUUGACACCCUCAUUUCAGCUCUUGAAAAGAAUGGUUUCUCCUCAGUCCCCGUCAUCAUUGGGGAGGUUGGAUGGCCAACGGACGGGGACACCAGUGCUAACAUAGAGUAUGCACGAAGAUUCAAUCAAGGCCUACUUAAUCGUAUAAUGCAAGGCCAAGGCACCCCUAAGCGGCCUACGUCUCCACCCGACAUUUACCUCUUUGCUCUAACAGAUGAGGAUGCCAAGAGCAUCGCACCUGGGAAUUUCGAACGGCAUUGGGGCAUAUUCUCUUAUGAUGGAACCAUCAAAUACUCAUUGGAUAUGGGGAACGGACGAAGUCUAGUCGCGGCAAAAGGAGUCAAGUAUUUCGCGAGGGAGUGGUGUGUCAUGUCACCUCAAGCAAGUAUUUCAGACCCCAAUAUUUUGGCAGAGAGCAUAAACUACGCAUGUACUUACGCGGAUUGCACCAGUCUUGGAUAUGGAUCCAGUUGCGGUAGGUUGGAUGCGGGGAGCAAUGCUUCUUAUGCUUUUAAUAUGUACUACCAGACCAUGGAUCAGCGAAAAGAUGCGUGCCAAUUUUCCAAUUUAUCAGUUACUACAACUUUAGAUCCUUCUCGGGAUACAUGCCGAUUUGAGAUCAUGAUCGACCUGAGGAAGCACGAGCUGCAGGCUCCUACCCAUUCACUGGCUGUUGGAAGAAACCAAAAUUCACUACCUGUAGUACUCAUGUGGGUUCUUGGGCUCACAUUAAUCAUUUGUGGGUCCUGAUCAAGAUCAAAAUCAUGUACAUACUUAACAUGAUGUCCAAAAUUAAAGGAUGAUAUAUGCACUUAGGAUCCCA